AAAACUCAAUCUAGUUUGAACACAAAGAGAGAAAAGGAAAAAGACAAUUUAUUCUUUACUAUUUGUACAUUCUCUUACUCUCUCAACACUCUCCUCUUCAUCUCUCACCCAAAAAAUGGCACUGAACAAGACAGUAAUGGGAGCCAUAAACUUCAUAGCCAUGGUUGUAUCAAUCCCCAUCAUCGGCGCCGGAAUCUGGCUCGCCACGCAACAAGACAAUGCCUGUGUUCAAAUCCUACAAUGGCCUAUCAUCAUUUUUGGUGUCGUUGUCCUUCUCGUUGCCAUUGCCGGCUUCAUUGGAGCCUUUUGUCGCAUAACUUGGCUUCUCCUUGUUUACCUUGUGGCUAUGCUGAUUCUCAUUGUUCUUCUUGGUUGCUUAGUGGGUUUCAUUUAUAUGGUUACCAUUAGAGGGUCUGGCCAUUUGGAGCCUAAUAGAAGUUACUUGGAGUAUCAUCUUGAUGACUUUUCUGGGUUUCUUAGGCAUAGAGUUCAAAGCUCUUUUAAAUGGGAUUUGAUUCGAAGUUGUUUGAGUUCUUCUUCUAUGUGUGCUGAGUUGAAUCAAAGCUUUCGCAUGGCUCAGGAUUUCUUUACUGCUCCCAUUACUCCUCUUCAGUCAGGAUGCUGCAAGCCACCAACAUUAUGUGGAUACACAUUUGUGAACCCAACAUAUUGGAUAAUGCCUAUAAACAAUGGUGCUGACAUGGAUUGUUUGAAGUGGAACAAUGACCAAACUCAGCUUUGUUAUGGUUGUGAUUCUUGCAAGGCUGGUUUGCUUGAGAGUUUGAAGAAUCAAUGGAGGAAGGCUGAUAUUAUACUCCUCUUGUCUCUUAUUGCUCUCAUUUCUAUCUAUAUGAUUGCUUUUUGUGUCUUUAGAAAUGCCAAAACUGAGAAACUCUUUGACAAAUACAAGCAAGCCCAACCUCAACCAUAUGUCUAAUAUAUGCACAAGUUUUGGUUUUGGGCUCUUUGUUUGAAAAUUUAUUUAUGCACCAACUAAUGGGGAUGUCUGGCUAAGAUGUAAUUUGUUUUAUAAGAUUUGGGAUUUUAAAUUUGGGUAAUGUUUACG